AUCAUCACCUCACAUAUAUAUCUUCUACAAAGCUUUCAUUCUGUUUUCUCCAUCCUUCUUUCAGUAACGAGGCAGCAGCGGCACACAACUUGGCGCUCUAUUUCUCUCUCGUCCUCAGGUUAAAAGCUUGCGUUAGAAAGCAAAGGAUCAAGAAGCAUGGCGUAUGCAGCAAUGAAGCCGACCAAGCCUGGCUUGGAGGAGGCUCAGGAGCAGAUUCACAAGAUUAGGAUCACCCUCUCCUCUAAGAAUGUGAAGAACCUCGAAAAAGUUUGUGCUGACUUGGUUCGUGGUGCCAAGGAUAAGAGAUUAAGGGUUAAGGGACCAGUAAGAAUGCCCACCAAGGUUCUUCACAUUACCACAAGGAAAUCUCCCUGUGGUGAAGGAACUAAUACAUGGGAUCGAUUUGAGCUUCGUGUUCACAAGCGAGUCAUUGACCUAUUCAGUUCACCGGAUGUGGUCAAGCAGAUUACUUCUAUCACCAUCGAGCCUGGGGUGGAGGUGGAGGUCACCAUUGCAGAUUCUUAAAUGUACCUCACAUAGUCUUUCUAGUUUUGUUGGAUUUGAACUCUUUCAUCGGAUGUUACCUUUGCAGAUUUUGACUUUGAUACUUGAAAGAUUAUGGUUGAAUUUUCUGUUUA